AUGGACCUCGACCCAUCAGUCAACGGCAGCGCGGCGGAGGUGGUCUGCAGCGGCUGCGACCUCGCCAGCCGGCUUGCUGCCAGCGCGCCUCCGCCUCCCGCUGCUGAAGUAGACAGCCGGAACGCGUCGUCGGAGGAUGGCGCGGGCGUUGUCGAGGGGGGCAACACGGCCGCGGUGGUGGUUGCUGGCGGAGCUGCGAGUGGGGGUGUGGUCGGCGGUGCGCAUGUCUCGGCCGGCGGCGCUGCGCCGGGCGGGGAACCGCUGCCCCUCGGGGUGGCUUGCACCCCCGCGAGGAAGGGCGACGCCUCGGUCUCGAUGUGCGAGUCGUUUUGCCUCGCAAAGGCACCGCUGCCCUGGGCCGCGUUGAGCAUAGCCGGGAUGCGUGCGGCCAAGUUCCACUGCGUUCUCUGCAAGUGCAAAAGUUGCAGCUUCUGCCCGGCGCAGGCUGCUCCGACGAACGCGACCGUGUGA